AGAAGUAAAAUCAUCUCAGGAAGUGCCGACGACUAAUUGUUGACGAAAUUUCGAAGCGAGAAAUAUGGAAUCCAUUGACCAUUGUAUCAAGUAAUUUUCAUUUUUUGAGAUGAUAAAUACAUGACAACACAUGACUUGAUCUCAUUGAGGUUAUUUCAGAGUGAAAGAGGAGCCUUGUGAUGCACCACUCAUUGAAAAUGAUGGUGAAAUGAUUGACGAGAAACCCGAUCUUAAGAACAUCCAACUCUUACCACAUCUGCCAGAAAAUUCAAUGCCUACCGCUCGGAAAUGUGAAGGAAAUCAUGAUAUUGUACGCGAUGAUAAAUUGAAAAUAGUUUUUGAAUGCCAAGACGUCAAGCCCAACAUUAAUUUAUCAUCAGUUCAGAAAAUUGAAGAUGAUUCGCGAGAUAUCGAAUAUAGUGAUGGUUGUAAAACUCAAAACAAAAUUAAUAUAGAUCCUGCAGUAGUAGUAAAACAAGAAAUCGUGGGUGAUGCUGCAGAAGGAUCGAAUUUGAAUUUCGACCCUAUAAUUGUCGAACAAAAUAAAAAAAGAAGAAUUACAAAAAAACUUAACGAAGAUCAUGAUCUCAAAAAAUACAUGGGUGCGAUGCAUAGCAAUACAACCCUAGCAUGUGAAAUAUGUGCAAAGAAAUAUUCAAAUAAGUAUAAUCUUAAAAUCCACAUCGAGUCGGUGCAUAGUGGAAUCACUUACGUAUGUGAUAUAUGCCAAAAGACAUUCUCAAGUAAUAGUAAUCUCAAGAAACACAUCGAUUCAGUACACAAUAGAGCCACAUAUGCAUGUGAUGUAUGUGGUAAGUCAUUCUCACAAAAAGGUAGUCUUAAAAGACACAUCGAUACCGCACACAAUGGCGUUAGAUAUGCAUGUGAUAUUUGCGGCAAAUCAUUUACUCAAAAAUUUGGUCUCAAAAAACACGUCGAUGGAAAACAUAAUGGUGUCAAACUUGAAUGUGAUGUUUGCAGAAAGUCAUUUUCACUUAAAACUAAUCUCAAAACCCACAUCGAUUCGGUGCACAAUGGGGUCACAUGUGUAUGUGAUGUAUGCGGAAAAUUCCAAAUCCACAUCGAAUCGACGCACAAUGGUGUUACAUACGAAUGUGAUAGAUGUGGGAAGAAGUUUAAAGAAAAGGCUAAUCUAAAACUUCAUAUUGACUGGAUGCACAACGGUGUUAAUGCAUUCAAAACGUGUGGCAAGAGGGGAAUUCGCAAACAAAAGUAA